GCUAUCUGUUGUAAUUACACUGUAAUCAUUCAUUAAAUCAUCUUUUAAAACACACGUCUCUGGUGACAAACAAGAUUUACAUGAUUCCCUGUAACACAGUGUCCAUUUCGAUGAGUCAAGCAAGGAUAACUUUUCUUUUACUUCACUGCCUUGAAUGUGUCCUUUGUCCUCUCGCCUCAUGAGGCCUGCUCCACUCAGUGUUAUGACAUGAAGGACUAAAUACAAACAUACAUGCACUUACAGUAAACUGGCCUUACUCAAUCUGGCUCAGGGAGCAUCCAGCCCACAUGGUCACGAGAUACCACUCAAAUCUUAUCUAAUUUAUGUUUCCCCUAUUAUUUUAGCCCUGGCAUUUAGUUUCCUGACUGCAGUGAGUGGAGAAGGUUUUGAAAAUGGAACAAUGAAAGGUAAUCUGCUGGAACUGGCUCGCACACACACAAGCUGUCUGUUUAGAUGAGCAUUUUGGUUUCCAAAUGGAAUUAACCACAAAGUGAUGGGCCCCUUACACACAAACAUACAUCUGCAAUGGCAGUAAAACAAAAACAAUUAAAAAAAAAAACAUAAAAGCUUCAUUAUUUAUUCAAUAUUUAGUUGUGGUUAAAUGCCCAUCAUUCAGAGAGAGGGGUUGAGGGAAGAAGAGAGGAGAAGGAAGAGGGGAUGUUAGUAUUUGGAGCCCAGAGGAAAGCUUCGAGCCAAUCUACAGAUGAAAACGCAGACUCGGAUCAGUUCCACACAGACACUGUAGCAGCAGUAUGCAUUUGGCCCAACCCCAAAUGACUGCCGUGAGAGGAAACGGUGAUGACGACAGCGCGUACAUCGGCAGCUGGAGACCAGAGGUGCUCUAGUUGCGCGGUUUGAACGGUGAACACAAGUGCCUGCCAGCACGGUAUACCCGGAGGCUCCACAUCCAAGGAACCGGGAGGCUUUGGUUACGCGUGCGUUCCCAGUUGGAUCGGAGGAGAAUGUUGUGCUGUGUCUCUCUCAUCACCUCCUCUUGUCUGAUUUGUUUUUAGAGAUGCGGCGCAUGCUGUGCCAUCCUUACAUCUUUUGCGGCGCGGUGAACUUUACAGGCUAAAUGAGUCAGAUUUGAUCAAUUAAAAGUGCCAAAAGAGACAGAGAAGUUAAUUCACGGAAAAUGUCCACGACGCACCUUACCUCCCCGGCGCCAAACCAGAGCUACCUUUCCACUGCCACCUACGAGAAGGCAGACCCCUCGGAGGUGGAGAGGCAGAUUCGCCUGCUGCUUUUCGGCUUGUGCGUAACCAUCGCCGUUGCUACCUUUGUCGGAGGUGUGUAUUCGCUGCUCUCUCUCCUACGGAUGAGGAGAAAAACCUCCCUGUGUCUCAUCGUGGCUUCCAUGUCGGUGGACGACCUGCUCAGUGUGGUCCCCCUCUCCUUGUUCAUGCUCCUUCAGUGGGAGACAGAUAGGGGUGGAGGGUCGGGCAGCCUGUGCACUUUAUCUGGACUUCUGUACGUGUUCCAGGGUGUUUCUAGCAAUAUGAAGGCUUGCCUUAUAGCAGCCUAUACUUUUUAUGUCACCAAGAGGUUUGGAGUGCUUCAGUCAGUCCGCCGGCCCUUAAGAGUGAUGUGGGCUAUUGCCGGUGUGUGGGCGGUCAGCCUGGCCGUCAGUGUGUUACCGUUGUGCGGAUGGGGCAGCUUUACGCCGGCCUCUCUCGGGUGUUUCCCUGAGAGCGACAGUUUUUACAUCCUGUUGCUUUUCUCUUUAUAUUCCCUGUGUUUCUGCGGCUUGUUGUUUUUCUUCAUCCCCCUCACCUACCAGCUGCUGUGCUCCAGAGAGCCCCAGAGGACUUUAUUGUACCCCAGGUAUUUGGAGAUGGCGAGGGGGCUGAGUGGGUCAGCUCCCCUUUGUGAUAUUCAGUCCUUUUCCCGGGACAGCCUGACCAAAAGUUUUGGUGCCUACAACGAGCUGAGCCCAAGUUCAUGCGGGACAGAGCUCAGGGACAAAGAGGACAGCGGCCUGUCCCCAGUAUCCGUCAGCGGACAGAGGACACCUACUGUCGGAGACACACCAGUGGUGUUUGCACAAAAGCGCUUCUCUAUGAUCCUGGCUCUUGUCCGAGUGGUUUUAUGGAUGCCAAUGAUGACUUUGGUUUUAGUGCGCCAUGCACUGAAUGCGCGCAGCUCGUCCCUGGAGACUCUGAGCUUCUUUCUCACUCUGCUUGCCCCUGCGGUCACUCCGUUAUUCAUGCUGUCUGAGCGCUGGAUCCACAUGCCAUGUGGCUGCUUCAUUAACUGCAAACGGGAUCCAGCACAGGAACCUUCAGUGAUGAAAAGAAGAUUUGAGUUCAACCUGUCCUUCCAGCAAGGCUAUGGCGUGUACAAGUUGUCACAUGCCACCAUGUCCCAAAACAGUCCACCCCUUGAGAAGCGUGCCUAUCACAGCCUCUUUAACUGUGACUUCCCCAAUACCCGCCUUGAUGCAUUAGAAAGUGGCGGGCUCUCCGGCCUGGGGCCCGAUUUUGAUUUCAGCACCACAUGCCCAGUGGACAGCUCCUCUCACGCAGACCUUCUGCUGGAAGCAGAGGCCGGAGGAGGAGAGGCUCUGGCUGACUGUCCUCCGCUUCCCCACGAGAACCACGGAGAUGAUGAUGACUUCCGCUGUGUCACUUUGCUGCCUUCUCAUCACCGUGAGCAGGAUCACAACCUCACAGACACGUCGUCGGUGUUCGAGGGGCCGGAGAGGAGGCUCUCGCACGAGGAGUGUCGGAAAAUUGAGCUGACGGACUGGGAGUGGUGCAGGAGUAAAUCAGAGAGAACACCCAGACAGCGAUCAUCAGGUGGUCUGUCAGUCCCCUUGUGCGCCUUUCAGGGCACCGUAUCUCUGCAAGCACCCACAGGGAAGACCCUCUCUCUCUCUACCUAUGAGGUCAGCAGUGAUGGACUCAGAAUUUCCCCAAACAACGCCAAAAAGGUGGAAGUGUAUCGGUCCAAAUCAGUUGGCCACGAGCCCAAUGCAGACGACCCAGCAUCAGGAGGCCAGGCCAGAGACGUGAACGUCAGCAGCGUAGAGAUGGAGAUAGGAAUGGGGAUGGGGAUAGGAGCAGUGGUGGGGGACACCAACGUCAAGAUCCACCUCGAGGUUCUGGAGAUCUGUGACAACGAGGAGGCCCUGGACAGCGUCUCCAUCAUCUCCAACAUCAGUCAGUCCUCCACCCACGCUCGCUCACCAUCGCUGCGCUACUCGCGAAGGGAGAACCGCUUCGUCUCCUGCGACCUGGGUGAGACGGCUUCCUACUCCCUGCUCAUCCCCAGCAGCGGCAACCCCGAGACGGAGACCAUCAAUAUCACUAUACCUGACACUGUGGAGGCUCACCGCCAGAACAGCCGACGGCAAACGCAGGAGAGCUCGGGAUAUCGUGAGGAGAUACAGCUGCUCAAUGAGGCCUACAGAAAGCAAGCCGGGGAGAGUGAAGAGUGACACACACGCAAGAUGAUAAGAAGGUGGCUCUCAGGAGGAGGUUGAAAGAGAAUCUCUGCCACCAAAGAUGAAAGACAAAUUUCCUAAUCAUUCCACAUUUACUUCUUUCUGAUCACCACAGAACUGACAGGUGACCCAAAUAGAGACUUAGAUUAAGACUGUUAUAAUAGUUUGACUACUCUUGUACUUCCUCUUUAGAUAGCAUCGUGAGAGCACAUGCGUCUCCUGUCUGUAGAGUACACAGAGAUAAAUUCGCCUGUGAACUGACAGAUAGUUGUAAAUUGGGGUAAGAAAGAGUGACAGAGACAGGACCAAAGGAAGGGGAGGAAAGAGAGAGAUGGUGUUCCAGCAGAGCAUCUGUAUUCCUGCCAAGACUUUUACCAUAUGGCAGCUUGUCAUGAUUAAAUAGAUACAUCGAGACGGAAACUCACUUAGACGUGGAAAAGGAGAGGCCACAGCCUGGUCACAUGUCUGACAUGAAGUAGUUCUACGUCACCAGUGACUCAACUGUGAGGGGAGGGGUCACCUGACCCAUGUGUCUGACUCAUCCUAGUGUGUGUUGUUGUGCAUUUUGUGUGUGAGAAGUAGCCUUGCCCAUAAGGGCAAGGGUACAUGUAUGAAAGUAAUAGUUUGUGAUGUCAACUGCCAAAAGUAUUCAAAUGUUUCCCCUUAUAAGAAUGUGUUCAUCCUGCAUAUUUCUUUAACUUAAGGUGUGUUUUCCUUUGCACCCAGCUGCUACGUCCAUUAUGUAUUACACAAUUAGUGUUGCUACUAACAAUGUAGAGAGAGAUCACUAUCUGUGCUGAAAAUCUAAAAAAAGAAAGAGAAAAAGGAGAGGAGAGUCAAGCAUUAGAGGGAGAGUACAAGUGAUUAUUGAAGAAGAGGUUGAGGGGAUACUUAUGCAGAGCAGUUUUCUGCCUCAUGCACAUUCAGUGCGAUUUAAAUGAGUGACAGUGUGCAUAUUUUACUACAGUGGGCAGCAUAUGAAUGUACAAUCCAGAGCCACUUGGGGGGGGGGGUCAUCUCUCUGCCUGCCCAUCCAAUCAGUGGGCUAAAGGGGCCUCUCUCUCACUUUCUGUAAAAUACAUGCAUAAAUUCAGGAUUGGAAUCAAAUUUUCAUAGAUGGUAUUGUGCAUUUCCGGACCAUUCUGAAUGGUUACAUGGAUUGUGAAAAUCUUUCAGCGGCAUACAAACCUUUACUUACUAUCAUUCCCUGAUAAUAUCAGUAUAUACGUCCUUUUAUGCACAUUUACAUGUACGUGUGUGUGUGUGUGUGUGCAAACAGCAGUAACCGUAAAAUCAGUAUUAUAGACUAAUUUUAGAAUAUAUAUGUAUUUAAGUUUGUUUUAUAAUGUUGUCUUUUAUAUAUCAGCAAUUGGGAUCUUCAGCACAUCAUUGGCACUUUGCGGACCUCGUUUGCAGGCUUUUGAACUGUCCUUUAGCGAGCCCACUUCAUCAGCUGCAACAUGUCCCUUCCUCCUGAAGAAUGUUGUCAUUAAAGAUUCAUACCGGAAAAUUGCCUCCAACAAGGUUGCCAUGCAUUUCUGUUUCGAGUGCUCCUGGGCAAAAUGUAAACGAAAAAUAAUGUAAAGGCAUAUGAAUCAUAAUGAAUGUGAAGUUGUAUUCAGUGUCAGCCAUGUCAGCUGUUAAUGGUGCCAAAGGUUUUCAGUUGAGCUAGGCUCCAUCUCUGCAGCCGAACAGAGUGGAAGUAAUUCAAUCAUCUGCUUAUUCUCACUUUGAAAGAGGACUCAGCUUCUGGUCAAACAUUCUCAUAAACCGUGUUGAUCAAUAAACUGUUGUUUGCCUUAGGAAAUGCACAUUAGCUGUGAAAGAGUUUGCAUGUUACCCAUGCAUGUCAACCACCUGGACUCAUAAGGUAAAACACAAACUACUUAGAUGGGAUUCUUUCUUACAACAAAGCAAAUUAAGCACAAUAAUUAACUACUUAAGAGACUGACCUACAUAGAGUGUGACCAUUAUUGGCUGCUGUGCC